CGCACGUCCCCGGCGGGGCGGAGCCGGCGCCGCUGCUGUGAUGGCGUCGCGGGCGCUGCGGGCGGAGGCGCAGCCGCUGCGGUGCCAAUAGAGAGCGGAGCGGCCGGGCCGGGCAUGGAGAGCCUGGCGCAGCCCCCGCCGCCCCCGGGCUCGCUGCAGACGGGCGGCGGGGGCCCUGCCGGCCGGCUCCGCCUGGGAGAGGCGGCGGCGGGCGAGGGCGGCUGCAGGGAGGCCGAGGAGGGCGGCGGGCGGCGCAGCCCUUCCCCUCCGCCGGCCCCCGCUCCCGCCGCGGCCCCUCGGACCGCGUCCCCCUCCCGGGCCGCGGAGGGUGCUGAAGCGGCGGAGGGCGCGGGGCUGGCGGUGCCGGAGAGUCCCGGAGCGGCGCCCGCCUCGGAGAGCGGUCCCGCGGGAGCCGGCUCCGGGAGCAGCGGCGCUCCCAGCCCGCCGGGGGAGGAGUCCCGCAGCCUGGACUCGCUGGAGUCCUUCUCCAACCUGCACUCCUGCUGCCCGAGCAGCUCCGAGCUCAACAGCGACGCCGACGAGGCGGUGGUGGCGGGGGCCUCCUCGGGGGGCCCGGCCCCGGAGCCCGAAGAGGAUAGGCCGGCGGCGGGCUCGCAGCUCCUCUCCGCUUCCAAGGAGCGCUUCCCGGGGCAGUCGGUCUAUCACAUCAAGUGGGUCCGCUGGAAGGAGGAGAACACGCCCGUCAUCACCCAGAACGAGAACGGCCCCUGCCCGCUGCUGGCCAUCAUGAACGUGCUGCUCCUGGCCUGGAAGAUUAAACUGCCACCAAUGAUGGAAAUCAUAACUGCUGAACAGCUGAUGGAAUACUUAGGAGACUACAUUCUUGAUGCAAAACCUAAAGAGAUAUCUGAAAUACAGCGACUUAAUUAUGAGCAGAACAUGAGUGAUGCAAUGGCAAUUCUGCAUAAGUUGCAGACGGGUCUGGAUGUCAAUGUGAAGUUCACGGGGGUCCGAGUGUUUGAAUACACGCCUGAAUGCAUAGUGUUUGAUCUUCUUGAUAUCCCCUUGUACCAUGGAUGGUUAGUGGACCCUCAGGUUGCUGACAUAGUAAAAGCAGUUGGUAACUGCAGUUACAAUCAGCUGGUGGAGAAGAUCAUUUCUUGUAAGCAGUCAGAAAACAGUGAACUGGUCAGCGAAGGGUUUGUGGCUGAGCAGUUCCUGAAUAACACAGCUACACAAUUGACAUACCACGGACUGUGUGAGUUGACAUCAGCUGUCCAGGAGGGAGAACUUUGUGUGUUCUUCAGGAACAACCAUUUUAGCACCAUGACCAAAUACAAGGGUCAACUUUACCUGCUGGUGACAGACCAGGGCUUUCUUACAGAAGAGAAGGUUGUGUGGGAAAGCUUACACAACGUGGAUGGUGACGGGAAUUUCUGUGACUCUGAGUUCCACCUGCGGCCUCCAUCAGACCCUGAAACUGUCUACAGAGGGCAGCAGGAUCAAAUAGAUCAGGAUUAUCUGAUGGCAUUGUCUCUACAACAAGAGCAGCAGAAUCAAGAGAUUAACUGGGAACAGAUCCCAGAAGGAAUCAGUGAUCUAGAGCUAGCAAAGAAGCUCCAGGAAGAGGAAGACAGGAGAGCUUCUCAGUACUAUCAGGAACAAGAACAAGCAGCUGCUCAGGUCCAGCAGGUACAAGGAGCUGCCUCUCCAGCCAGCGCAAGACAAUCCGGGAGCACUGAGCGCAAGCGCAAAGAGCCUCGCGAGAAGGAGAGGGAGAAGGAGAAGAACAGCUGCGUCCUCUUGUAACAGAGAAGGGAGUCCACCCGGAGCCAAGUGCGUGUCCUCAGAAGCAAAGCAAGGAGUAGAAAGGAAGACAAACCUGUUACAUGCCGCCUGUGCCUGAUUACCCCAUGGAUUUUGUUCACGUUCCAAGAGAGGAUGGAUGACUUUGUAACAAUCAGACUUCCUUCAAAGUCAUAGCGCGUGCUGCUCAAGAGGGAGUUCCAAAUCACAGUUGGAUGCGGCUGUGCUUUGAGUUAGUCAUAAGAAAUACUGCACCUUGUAGCUGAACACACAACUCAUGGCAAGUCCUGUGUCACAGUGACAUCCAUUACUCAUGACAUCAGUUAGUAAGCUAUUUUAUCUUCUACUCUAAACAAAGGUAAUUCAUUUUGUGUAAGGCUUUCUCCUGAAGUCUGUACACGAGCACAAUGGAGUUCUGUGUUACCAUAGUAUGAAACUAUAUCUUAGGCUGGGUAUAGCCUCCACGACACAAGAGCCCAAAUAACAGCUGGGCACUGCCUCCUCAGUGUGUCCAGGUUUCUUUGCUUCUGGAUCUGGUAUGUUCUUUUUUUGAACCCAGAUUUAUACUUGUUACUGCUAUCACUGCAUCUCCUGGCCAGCUUUCUUGCCCCAAGAAUAUGUGACUUGGUAGGCAGUGUACAAAAAUCGUCAUGAAAAAAGGGGGCAUUUAUUAAAAAGCAAGAUGAAUAUUGUUUGCUUUUCUUGCAACUACAAACUGGGUAUGGAAACUCAGAUAUUAUCAGGGUUAAACAAGUAAUUUUAUAGGUAACUUCUUUUUCUUUUAUUAUUUUUUUCUCUUGUAGGUAAACUGGACCAGAUAAGCUUUUAUUUAUUGACCUCUCCACAUGAUAGAUGAAUGAUGAGAGGAUACUAAAGUCUAUAAUAAUCGUUAUUCUAUGUAAGAAUGCAGAGUUAAAAUAACUAACUAUCUGCCUUUUAUCCAGAAGUACCUUGAACUUCAACAUGACGUUAACGUGUCCACAUGUAUAUUUAAGCAAGUGUACUGUAGUUAAAAACACACUAUUUUGUUUGUUUUAUAAAUCAUGUAUUCUUAAAAAAAAGCACACUUCUGAAGGGGUGAGAGAGGAGUGAAACUGCUCUCUGAGAUGGUUUGAAAGGUGGUCAGGUGUAAUAUUUUGUUUUUUAAAUCACUAAUUUAGAAUUUUUGGAAACCAGAUUUUUCUAAUUUAUGGGAACCAAAUAAACAUGUUGCAUCUUGUAGUAUUUAUAGAAUGCAGAAACAGAACACUUGAUGAAUUUUGAGGGAACCACAGAUCUUCCUCCACUUCCAUUAAUUCAAUAACAAUUACUUUCUUGCUUUUGAUAAAAAUUUCUAUUUAGUGAUUUGUAGAUACUUUUGAAAAAGGCUGCUUCUCCUGGACAAGUUCUGUACCUGUGCUCUCAGCCUUAGUGUUCACACAGAAUAACCUGGGCAAGCGAAGGUGGAAUGUGACAUUCCUGCUUCCAGGUGUUUGGAGAAUGUCUAGAAAAGUGGGUGUCUGACACAAGCCACCAGUAAAAAGCCACUUCACAAUUAUUUCAGGCAAACUCGCUGCACUGAUGGCUGCCAGUCACCACACACAUCUGUUACCAACCUAGAAUGAAAAUGAGAUAAAGGAAGAAUGUCUUACCAGCUAAAGGGCCAAUUUGUAUCACUUUUCUUCCAUGCCUUUUCCUCUUUUGUUUUGUUCCACUUUUGUUAUGAUUUCCCUUUUAUAAUGAUGAAGUAAUGAACAGUAGGAGGUCUCUAAUAUAUAAACUGUAAAUUUAAAAGUGUCUUCUCUAGAAAAGUCAUGCCCAGAGAAGUAAUUUUAAUACGUAAUGUAUGCAGUUCAGAUAAUUUUCUAUGUCAAAGCAAAGGUUGAUGUCUUUUUUCCUUUGCAGCAGCCUAACUUCUUCAAACAAAUUAAUGUGAUGGAGGAUCACCAAGAUAAUGACUUAGCUACUUUUAAGUAGAUGAGAAACUAUUCCAAUAGUGUCAAUAACAGAGACUUUAAGCCAGAAUGUUGUUUAAAAACAUUCUGUUACUAAGAUUUUUUCCAAAUUUGUGUAUUUACAUUUAUUUAUUGACCUUGAAAAAUAAAUAUGUCAAGCUAA